AUGUCUGCUCCGUGGCCUUUUGUGGCUUGGGGAAUGGACGUUAUUGGGCCGAUUGAGCCGAAAGCAUCUAAUGGGCAUCGGUUUAUUUUAGUUGCCAUCGACUACUUUACCAAAUGGGUGGAAGCUGUCACAUUCAAAUCAGUCACCAAGAAAGCAGUGGUGGACUUUGUUCAUUCAAACAUCAUAUGUCGUUUCGGCAUACCAAAAAUCAUUAUUACAGACAAUGCAGCGAAUCUCAACAGCCACCUGAUGAAGGAAGUUUGUGAGCAAUUUAAAAUUGUUCAUCGUCAUUCAACCCCUUAUCGACCCAAAGCAAAUGGGGCUGUUGAAGCGGCAAAUAAAAACAUCAAGAAGAUUCUUAGGAGAAUGGUGCAAGGAUCUAGACAGUGGCAUGAAAAACUACCAUUUGCUCUCUUGGGAUACCGCACGACUAUUCGUACGUCAGUCGGUGCAACUCCUUACUUAUUGGUUUACGGAACUGAGGCUGUCAUACCCGCAGAAGUUGAAAUCCCUUCUCUUCGAAUCAUUGUCGAAGCAGAAAUUGAGGACACGGAAUGGGUUAAAUCAAGGUUAGAACAAUUAGCACUGAUAGACGAAAAAGGUUGA